AUGACAUCUGUCCGCAAGGCCUAUUUGGCAGAAAGGAAAAGGAAGAAUCGGUCAAAGAAGCAUGCAGAGGAGCGAAUGAGCGAAUUCUCUUUGACUAUCGAUGAUACGGAACAAAGAAAAAGUGCAACACAAGCGUCUGGUACAACACGUCAUCUCGACAAGCAACUGGAGAGGGAGCUUCAGACUGACUCAAAAGAAACAAAUGAAGACAAUAUCACCUGGUCUUCGAGACGGUAUACCAAGCUCGAACUGUUUCCGUACAUGCUAGGCUCAAAUCCCGAUCGCCCACCAACAAGUGGGGAGUUUGACGAAUGCAGGAAGCUCAUAAAUGGAUUCAAACUUUUCAAUUAUGGGAAAGUUGUAAUUCACGACAAGAAAGAUCGAGCCAAGAUUAUCGCCGUUAUGGAGUUCACCCCAUUUGAAGAACUGACGCCUUCUGACUUCACCAACAUCAACUACGUCACACGAUUCCUGCACUCGGCGAAACAAUUUGUGAAUGCGGUUGGAUCUGAAUCGAGGUCUUGGGGAGGCAAAAUGUUUGCAAUAGGUUGGAGGAAGGCUAUGGUUGGAUUUCAACUAAUUGGCCUUUACCGCAAUAAAGCUGCAGAAAUUAUGAAUGCGAACUCCAUACCGUCCAUUGGACAGCCGGACUUUGGUAUUCCACUAGGACAGGACGACUGUGCACCCAAUCUAACCUUCACAACGGAUGGUUUUUUCAAUCCUCCACACUGUGAUACUGAAGAUUUGUCCGAAUUUGCCUUUGGCUUAUUCACUCCAGUCAAUAAAAGCGAUUGGUCCCUUCCGGAUACGGUUUCGGCAUCUCCUACACCAGGACGUGCCUUUGUUUUUCCCGACUACCGAUGUGGAAUUGACUUAUCAAAAAAUAAUGGAGUUGUUAAACUUGUGUGGCGGGCGAAGGAGGUUCGACAUUGCACCUUAUACUCACCAAACCCAUCUCCCUACAACGACCUUGGUAUGUCACUCCAAAUAAACAAAAAGACGGCAAAGACUUCCCACGACAUUACUUCAGGCGCCAUCUUCAAUAGACCGGCGUAUAAGGAUAAACCGAAAGACAAGCUUUAUAUUGGUAAUGUUGAACAUUAUGUUAAAGGACUACUUUGA